CCGCGGACAGGAUAGGACCCGGUCUUGGCACUGAAGAGCUUUUCAGGAGGCGCCGCGGACACUCGGUUGUGACGUCAUGUCAGCGCGCCGCGGACAAGAUAGGACCCUGUCGCGUUCACGUCCCUCUGGUCCUUGAGCCGGCGCAGGCAGCGAAGCAAUGGCCUUGAGGUUGCUGAGACUUGUCCCGGCGUCGGCGUCCGCGCGCGGCCUCGCGGCCGGAGCCCAGCGCGUGGGACGAAUUCAUACCAGUGUGCACUGCAAGCUGAGGUACGGGCUUUUGGCUUCCAUUCUCGGUGAUAAGACAACCAAAAAGCUGCAUGAGUACAGCCGAGUGAUAACAGUAGAUGGCAACAUAUGCUCUGGGAAAAACAAGCUCGCAAGGGACAUCGCAGAGCAGCUAGGCAUGAAGCACUAUCCGGAAGCAGGGAUACAGUACUCAAGCAGCACCACGGGUGACGGAAGGCCCCUCGACAUAGAGUUUAGUGGCAGCUGUAGUUUAGAGAAAUUUUAUGACAAUCCCAAAAGCAACGACGGCAACAGCUACCGCCUACAGUCCUGGCUUUAUGCCAGCCGCCUCCUGCAGUACUCAGAUGCCCUGGAGCACCUCUUGAGCACAGGACAAGGUGUGGUCUUGGAGCGUUCCAUCUACAGUGACUUUGUCUUCCUGGAGGCAAUGUACAACCAGGGCUUCAUCCGAAAGCAGUGUGUGGACCACUAUAAUGAAAUUAAGCGGCUUACUCUUCCAGAGUACCUGCCACCACAUGCAGUCAUCUAUAUCGAUGUGCCUGUGUCAGAAAUACAGAGCAGGAUCCAGAAGAAAGGAGAUCCACAUGAAAUGAAGGUCACCUCUGCCUAUCUCCAAGACAUCGAGGAUGCCUACAAGAAAACCUUCCUCCCAAAAAUGAGUGAGAUAUGCGAGGUGUUGGUGUACAGUUCCUGGGAAGCUGAAGACUCAACCAAGGUGGUAGAGGACAUUGAGUACCUUAACUACAACAAAGGACCUUGGCUUAAACAGGAUGAUCGGACCUUUCACAACCUGCGGAUGCUGGUCCAGGAUAAGAGAGAAGUGCUGAAUUACACGACCGUCCCGGUUUACCUCCCAGAAAUCACUAUUGGAGCUCAUCAGGGUAGCCGGAUCUACGACAGCUUCAGAGAGGGGCAGGAUCCCCUUUGCUAUUAAAGACGGCAGUGACUAUCACAGCAUUUCCCACUGGAAACUACUCUGUGGAUGAUUCAGAGAUGAAUGCAUGAGGCCCUCAGUCCGUUUCCUACCAGCUGUCGACAGCCUGGGAAUCUGCAGUUUUCACCAAGGCACUUCUUGGGAAGCAGAACUGGUUUCUGCCACCGUGCUCAAACCUCAGACAACUCUGACUUAGUACUCUGCUCAUACUGCACUGGCAAGCACUACUGUCAUGGCUGUUUGAGAGCCAGCACUGCCUCAUGCCACUCCUGGGAAGGGCAGGAAUGCUAGCAGCUGGCUAGUGGGUCCACCCAAGCACUUCAGAGGAGGAUGUCAAGACGCCGCCUGUCAUGAGGAACAAGGAGGCUAGUGAGAAGGAGCAACUGGCAUAAGGAGGCGGGUGCAGGAGCUAUGCACCUGGGUACUCUGGGAAGGUCAGGAUGAUACUUUGACGACUGCACGGGGUCUACAGUGAACCUUGGGAAAAGUGUUAUUCAAGACAAGAGUUUAUGUGACUGGAUAGACAGAGUUGGAUGCCAGUGGCAGUGGGAAGAGGGGUCACAGGAGACUUAAGCAGAGGACAGAAUGGGAUCUGGGGCAGGGCUCAGCACCUACACAGAGGCCUAGCUGUCCCACUGGAACCACGCUUAGACUGUCACUGUCAUUUCAGAAGACUUUCUAGUAGUUGCUUUUUUUUUUUUUUUUUUUUUUUUUUUUGUAGCUGCAACUAAGUACUUGACCAAAAAAAAAAAAAAACAAAAAAAAACAAACCAAACAUAUUUUCUGGGAGUUCCAGGGGUAGCAGUCCGUCCAGGCAAGGGAGAUGAGGAAGGAGUGAGAACAGAUACCUCCCAAAGAACCGUCCACAGUGACCACUGCUUCCUGCUUCCCCACUUCCUACUUUUUACCACCUCCCAGCAUCUUGUCACCCUCCGUGUCCAUCCAGGGACCGUCCACUCACAGGUCAGAGCCCUCAUGUUCUCAUUGUCUCUGAAAACCCAGGCGCACCAGAGAUCAUUCCCAAUCCAGAUUCAUUAUCACACAUCCGACCUUUGGCCUGGCACACAAAUACUCUAAACGCGCAGACACGCGUGCUUACCACGGCUGCUUUCAUCCCUUAAUUCUGCGUGACUCCACAGUCACAGUGACAUUCAUGGCCUCUGCAUUUGUCCCUAGCAAAGUCUUUGACCUCUGUCAGCAGCUGCCUUCAGGGGGCCUUGUCAGGUGCUGUGAGUCUCACUGUGGGAGCAGGGGUUCAGAAUCAUCACCGAUGGGUAUGCACCUGAAGUCGGUAACUUCUAGAAUCUGUCACUAGCCUGUAGUUCAGCACAGCUGGGUAGGGUCCCAUGAGUCUCUUGGCUAUCCAUGGUUGACUGUUGACCGGCUUACUCUUGUAGGCACAGUGCAGGCAACUGAAGCUGCCCGGAGAGCAUGUUUUUGGUCAUGCCCUGAAGGUAGCAGUUUGCAGCCCUUUUCCUUUCUUCCCACUUUUGCUUCUUUGAGUUCCCUCUUCCAGGAUGCUGUCUAAUUAAGCCUAGAGGAGGUGUAUAAAUAAUCCUCUGAGGGUGAGCACUUAGCUAUCACUUAUUCUUAGCACCUAGAGCAGACAUGAGACUUUGCAUUCAGUUAGUCACUCGCAGAGCAGCUUCUCUGAGUCAUUAGUGGCGUUUAUCUGAGUAUAAAUCCUAAGUAUUUAGAAGGCAGUUUGGUGUCGUGUCAAACAGUAGUAAGUUCCUUCUAAGACCUAUAGUAUCCCAGCCAUAAGUUUGGGAGCAAAGAUGUGUGUGUGUGUGAGGGUGUGUGUCCGUGUGUGUGGUGUGUCUGUCUUUGUGUGUAUGCAUGUAUUACCUCCUGUGGUGCAGCCCUCAAGUGUAUUUCAAGACUUGUGGAUCACCUCUGAUAGGGCUGCCACUAUUGUACGUGUAAGCACAUCUUGUCUCAAAGACUGUUCUUAGUUGUAGGGUUCCCAGAUCUUAAGAACUGAGGCCUUUUCUCACUCUCUAGUCUGUACAGCACCUUCUAGCUGUGAAAGCUCUCCGGCAGGGAAGAACCACCUGGCCAAGUUCCAGCUUGAUUUCUCUGUAUCUUGCAACCAAGAUGCAUGGUGUCUUUCAUUUAGUUCUGGUGGGUCAUCAAGAAGAAUGCUGGAAAUAUAUGCCGGGGCCCAUGACCAGUAGCUUAUAAGGGGAUUUCACAUUUGGGAUUGUCAUUUCACAUUUGGGAUUUUCAUUUAGCCUAUAGAAUGGAAGAAAAUGCCCGGCAACUGUGCGUGUGACAGGGCUAACAUUUAGAUGUACAAAGAACUUUAAAAAAGAAGAAAAGUAAAGAAACUUCAAUAAAACGGUUCCACUUAAAAA